AUGUAUUAUAACUAUGUUACUAAUUAUACAGCAAUUAGUAAUUCAACUUGUAUUGGUUUUACAGUAUCAAAUGUGGAAAUACUUGUUAAUGGUGAUUUCGAAUUAGGUGAUCUUACAGGAUGGUCCUAUUGUAGUCAAGAUAAUUCAUCAAACCGAGGUGGAGUUACAGCUAAUUCAAAUAAUUUUACUUAUCUUAAUUUUACAUUUUUUUCGAAAUCAGGUUCUCAUUAUUAUGUAGGUGGAAGUACAACGUUUACUGAUUAUAUUAGUCGAACAUUUUCAACUACUGUUAACACGCUAUAUAAAGUUAGUCUUUGGGUUUUUAAUUCUGGCAGUGGACCGUUAACCAGUGCUGAUCUUUUUCUUGGAGUUGUAUAA